AUGUCAGAGAUUCUAAAUAGUUCGCUCGAAUAUUAUGUCGCCGAAGAAGGUGCAGUGCCUUUGCUUCCUUUCACUACACACGUGUCAUUACAGCAAAUUAUAGAUACUUUUCCAUGGAAUACCAUAAUUUUACCACCAGAAACUAGUUUACAAGAGGAUACAGCUCAACUAAUACAACCAAUACCAAUACUUUCUCAACCACAAGAAACCUCAAGUCCAAAGCCGCAACACACGCAAAUAAGUGAGUCCGUAGAUUGUGAUAACAAGGAGAACGUCACGGGACAAGAAAAGAUUAGAAUAAUGGAGUUUACUUGCACAUAUUGCAAUAAAUUAUAUCGAGGGAAAAAUGCAAGGUCCAUAUUACGACGACAUCUCAAAACAAAACAUAAUAUUAAUCCUCCCCGAGGUACAAGGUGGGAUAAUGAUCCUAAUAGGCCGAAAACUGAUGAAGAAAGACGAUUGAGAGUAUUAGAAUCAAAGAAAAGUAAAUUAGAGGAGAUAAUCAAUUCACAAUUUAAAGUGUGGGCUCAAAAAUCACGAACAAAGAAAAGCCUUGAGAGAUCAUCAUCAACCUAUUUAAAACAGGGAAGAUUUAGUGACAAUUCAUCAAAUCUGGGAAAUCAUCAAAUCGACACAAAUUUACCUUUUCCUGGUUUUGUAAAGCAAGAAGAUAUUGACGUGAUUCCGUAUCAAGACAUCAAUUCAAACUUUGGAGGAUCGCAACAAGUGGAAGAUGAUACGGAUGUAAUUUGUUCAGAUUUUAUAAAACAAGAAUGUAUUGAUAAUUAUGACGUUCCAAAUCAAGUUAAUGUUGUUGAAGAAAUUCCAAAUCAAGCCGUAAAUCUUGAGGAAAUGAAUUUACUCUAUGAUGCUGGUUCCAUCAAAUCAACUUUGCUAUGGUUGGGAGUCACUGCCAAGUCGGAUGCUUGCUGUAUGGAUUAUUCUGAUGAGAGAAAUUUUAACAAUCAAGAACAAAAUAAUUUUUUAAUAAAGGAAGAAUUUGAAUGA